AUGCUCCCCGCCACCCUCGCCUCCCCCGCGAUCUUCAGCGCGCUUCCGCCUGGCGCAACGAGCCAGCUUUCUCGGGGCGUUCUGAGCGCAGCUCUGUCUCUCUUCGACGGGAGGCGUCCGACACAGAGACCUGCGAAUCCUCUCGGCUCUCCGGCGAACUCGCAGCUCCAGAAGUCCACCAAGUCGCGAUGUCUCCCUGCUGAGUGGUUGGCGUUCUCUCGCGCCGCAGUCGCCUGGCGCAGAGGCGAAGAGGUCGUCGCGCUUCAGUUCUUUCCACCGCGGUCUGCGGCGCCUCGCUCUCUGCGCAGAACGGAAACUCUGCUGAGUGCGCGUCCUUUCGCGAGCAUUUCGCCCACCAGGAUUUCCUCCAGUCAGUGCGGUGCUUUUCGCAGAUCGCAGAAAAAUGGCGCCUGCUUCGAAGAGCUCCAGACAAGCAGGCAUGCCUCUCGGAGUGUGGGCCCCAGCUCGGCUGUACAUCCACCCCACCCCCCGAUGCGUGCAGUCGACGCGCCUCUUGCGUUUCGUGAGAAGAAAUGGCCAGCGAGUCCGACUUCACCGGACUUCCUGUUCCCUGCGACAGCGGCGGAGAGGGUGCGACGUCAUGCAAGCGCUCCUCAGGUCGAAACCGGUGGCCGAAAGCUCUCUGGGAUCUGCCCUCGCCCACCGAAACGAAGCCGAGCGUCGUGGACUGAGGACAGCGGUGUUCCUGCGUAUCCGACGCCUCCCGCGUCGCCACUGUGCGUCCGAACGCAGUCUCUGCCGCUCAGGCGCUUCUCUCCGCCUGCACGGUUCUUCGCGUCUUACGCUUCGUCUGCUCGUCCUCCAGCGGAACAAAUCCUGGGCGGGGAUGCAGACACCCGAGCUGUCCCCGCAGCAGCAACCGGGAGGUCUGAAGAGUCUGCGGCGCUUCGUUUCCAAGAUCUUCUGCAGGCAGGUCGACUCUCGGAGGCGUCGUUCAAGGCGCUGUCCUCUCUCCUCGGCUACGACAGACUGACAAACGAGCAGGCGCUGCUCCUUCCGCGACUGCUGCCGCAUCGCUCUGCAGACGCGCGCAGCGCCUCAGAAACGCUUUCCGGCCUCCAGGGCGGAGACCGCGGCGUCGUCGCUUUGUCUCCGGAAGAUCGGGAUCGAGACAGCCUCAUCCAGGCUCGAACAGGAACUGGAAAAACACUGUGUUUUCUCCUGGCGAUCAUCGAGCGUCUUCUGCUGCAGCCGCCCUCUGGGGUGGGGGCUCUCGUCAUCGCGCCCACAAGAGAACUCGCUACGCAGAUUCUUCGGGAGGCUGAGCAGCUCGUGACUUUCCACCCGUUCGACGUCGCUGCGCUCGUGGGCGGAAAUUCAAGGAAGGCCGACGAGCUCGCGCUGAAGCGCAAGAGGCCUCAGAUCCUGGUCUGCACUCCCGGACGCCUUCUGGAUCACUUGGAAAACACGUUCAUGUUCUCGGCUCUUCUGGAGCGUCUCCAACUUCUCGUCUUGGACGAGGCAGACAGAUUGAUGGAACUGGGACAUCUGGAGGAGUUGAAGCAAAUUUUCUCCUAUCUGCCGCGGACGCGUCAGUCGCUGCUCUUCUCCGCAACGCUUCCCGACAACGUCCGAGACCUCGCUUCUCGACUGUUCAAACAGAACUACCGAUUCCUUAACUGCGUAGCGCCGGACGAGAAACCGACGCACGAGAGAGUUGCGCAGAGCGUGGUGAUGCAUGCAGCAAAGGAGACAGCCACGGUUCUCUUCAACUUGCUGAAAGAAGAAUUUGAGAGACGCCCGCACAGCUACAAGAUCAUCGUCUUCUUUCCGACUGCACGACUCACGUCUUUCUUCGCGGCCCUCUUCCGCGAACAGUUUAGGAUCGGAGUGUACGAAAUUCACCGACGCCGGGAGAGCAGUGCGAGAGCUGCGACAGCCUCCCGCUUUAGCCGAGACAGAGCAGGUGUCUUGUUCUCCUCCGACGUCUCCGCCAGAGGGGUCGACUACCCUGACGUCUCCUUGGUGAUACAGGUUUGUGCGCCGCUGACGCGCGAGCUGUACAUACACCGGGUGGGUCGGACCGGUCGGAUAGAAAAAGAGGGUCGUGCUGUGCUUCUGCUAAACGAAGCAGAGACGCGCUUCCUUGAGCUCAUCCAGGACCUUCCACUUCAACAGCGAGACGCGCAAAGUCUGCAGCAGCGAACGGCCGCUGUCAACGCUGCACUAAGUAGUUGGGAUACCAAUGCGCAGCUCCACUAUGCUGCGACUGCAGCGUACGCCUCUCUUUUGAAUCAUUACAAAUCCGGGAGAACGCGUCUGAGAGUUGCUGACGACGGCCUCGUCAUCCAGACGGCUCUCGACAUCUGCGCGUCGUGUGGCUUGUCUUCCCAGCCUGCUGUCUCGAAGAAACUCGCAACGUUGCUCAACCUCGAGUCUCAUCCCAAGUUGAAGACUCAGGAAGACUUGGACGACAUCAACGUCUUGCCGGAGUUCUUGAACUAG